AUGAAACGCUGCAUUGUUAAAUACAUCAUCAACAACUACUUGAAACGCGAAGAACAAGUAAUUCGUAAACGACACGAAAAGAAAAUGCAAAAUUUACGACGAGAGAAACGACUUUACGAUGGUACUCGCGCAAAUCCCAACAAGAUAAUUGUUAAUUUAACGGACACUCAAUUAACAAACGAUCAAUACUCUGCACUUCAGUAUGGUUUGAAAUACGGUAUUGCAUCACAACCGAAAGAUUCCGACCUGAUUUUGAUGACCUUAUUUUUUAUCAUAAUGCACUAUUUAUGUAUGACUUUCAUACAGGUCGACUUCCUCACGUAUUUGAUGAGUAUUUUGCAUUAGUAAGCCAAAAACAUAACUAUAACACCAGACUUGCUUCGAGAUCGUCAUACUCCCUUCCAAAAGUAAGAACCAACUAUGGAAAAUUUAAUAUACGUUUUGUUGGCAGUAAUGUGUGGAAUUCAAUUGACGAAAAUCUUAAGGGUCUUUCUAAAUCACAGUUUAAACACAAACUUAAAAAUAAUAUAUUGAAUUCAUAUUAGCUUAUAGCAUCAAAAUUGUCCAUUUUGAAAUCUUUAUUGCAUGUGUUUUAUUUAUUCAGUUUACCCACUAAAAUAUAUUUUGUUACUAAUCAAAUUCGCUGACUGUCUCGAUUAGCCUUUUGGUUAUUACAGUUAGCUAGUACCUUCUUUUCGUAACUUUAUCUUUAUUUUAUAUUUAUGUAUGUAUUACUACCGGUACUGAAUAAAAUUGUAUUGUAUUGUAUUGAUUGCAUCUGCUGAAAGUAUUUGGGAACAAAUUAACAAGAACGGUUGGCUAAAGAAUGGUUUUACUACAGUUGAACGAGCAAAAAACAGCUUACGUGCCUUCGUUUUCAAUGUCCUUGACUUCGACAAUCCACGCAUCCGCAAAGACAACCGGAAGAUCAAAUGUAUUAAAGACAUCCUCGAAGAUAAUGUCAUCCUCAAACCAGAUAAAGGAGAAGGCGUUGUAAUAAUCAGUCGCUCUGAUUACACAACAUCGAUGGAAACAUUGUUCUCCAACCGUAAGCGUUUCCGUGUAAUCAAGGAAGAUCCAACACCUACCAGAUUAAGCAGCGUCCAGAGAUACCUACGGAAACUCCUUGAACGUGGUGAAAUUGACGAAGCAACAUUUCAAACCAUCCGACCACAAGCAGCGAAACCGGCACGAGCCCACGGAUUACCUAAAAUCCACAAGAAGUUCGACACGAUACCAAAAUUUCGUCCGAUAGUAUAGAUACAACGGGAACAACCCACUACGGAAUCGGUAAAUUCCUGAGUCAUUUACUGCAUCCGUUAACAACAAAGGAGCACACUAUUAAGGACACGUUUGACGCAAAAUCCCGAAUUGAAUCAAUUGAUCCAGCACACUUCCAACAAGGAUUUAAAUAUGUAUCUUUCGAUGUCGAAUCUCUAUUCACCAAUGUUCCUCUCGAAAGAACAAUCCAAGUCAUCGAAAAACGCAUUUACGAUGAUAAAGAAUUGCCAACUAAAUUAAAGAGAUCUACUCUACGAAAGCUAAUACGUGACACUUGCAAGAAGACUGUCUUCAGCUGCAAUGGUCCAGUGAUGGCGAACAUUAUCCUAACCGAAUUUGAGCGCAUUGUAAUUAAUCCUCUAAUUAAUAGCGGCAUAAUUAAAUUCUAUUGCCGAUAUGUAGAUGACACACUACUACUAAUCAAACAUGACGACAUUGAUUUCCUUCUGAACGAAUUCCACUCUUUUGACCGUAAUAUACGUUUCACCUAUAUGACGUAUUUUCAGACGAACCACCACACUUUCUAGAUCUUAACCUAGAUGGCAACAAGUUUUCCACAUACCGAAAACAUACUUUUACAGGUCAAUACACUCACUUUGACAGUUUCGUACCAUGGAAACAUCGUAUUGCAUGGAUUCGCUCUCUUCUUGGUCGCAUUAACAAAAUCUGUUCACCCACGAAACUAGCCCAAGAAUUGCAAUUUCUUAAGAAAAUUGCGUCAUGGAAUGGGUAUCCUAAACGUGUUGUCUUUUCACUCAUAAAACGCUUUAACCAAAACACAACAAACGACCAAGAUAAUAACACGACAGAAUCGAACGAAACUAGACCGACGCUUUGGCUAGAAAUGCCAUACAUUGGGACGAAAGGCGAACAACUUGUACGUGCACUCAAGAGGAAACUAUUACGUUGUCUCAACAUUACGAACGUGCAGAUUAGGACGAGAGUAACAACAACUAAACUAAACUUGUUUACGAACGCAAAAGACAAAGUACCUAAACAAAACAAAUCCAACGUUGUAUACCAAUUUACUUGCCCUAAAUGCAACAACAGCUAUAUAGGCAAGACUGACCGAACGCUUCUAGAACGGGUAAAGGAACUGAUGCGUACAAAGACAAGGAAAGUGCUGUGUACAAACACUUAGACUGCCGCUACGACAAAACAUUCUUAACAUCACAAUCUAACACACAACUGACAGAACUUGUACUCUCAAACACUAAGAUCAUUGAUUCUUCCAGAAACUGGAAUUUAUUACUAUAUAAAGAAGCGCUACACAUUAAAAGACGUAAAUCAAGUCUUAAUAAUGGACUAAAAGCUAGUAGAGAACUACAGUUAUUUAAUUAAUUAACGUGCGCUGGAUGAAAGAACUACGUGAACUGCUUCAUCACGAAUAAACGCUAUUGAUUGCUUACGCACUUUUGCGCACGCCAGCUUGUUUAAAAUUGCUCACGCUUGUAAAUAUAACGACAUAUCUUGCAAAACACUGCUGAAGAUGACUGGCUGAUUUAGAUUCGAAAUAUACAGUUUUAAUAAAUUGUGUGUUAAUAUUAUGCACUCCUUAUUCGGAAUAACUUUAGUUUUAUUUUUGCUGAAAUUAUCAGCCGGAAAAGGAUUAAUUCAGUUUAAUUGUAAGCAAAUGGUCAAUGUUUCAACAAGAGCCGACCAGACUCUGGACCUGGUGAUUACCAACUUACAGUCAUUUUACGAGAAGAAUUCCGCAGAGAAAUAUCCUUGGCCUCUCUGACCACAACGUAGUUAUCGUGAACCCAAAGAAAAGACGACCCAAAUCUUGUAGCCGAAUAAUUGUAACAAUCAGGGACACACGCCUUGGUAAAAAGCGUGAGCUUGGUAGAUAUUUAACAUCUACUGAAUGGUCUAUUUUAAAUGGGGUCGAAAGUUGCGAAAAUAAACUUCAGCUAUUUGUCGAUCUUGUUCUUCUCGGUAUCAGCUGCAUUAUGCCCAUUAGAAAGACUGUCACUCCAUAUAAAUGACCCUCCAUGGAUUACGGCUGAAUUCAAAUAUUUUCUCAAGUACCAUCGCAAUCGUGUUAAUCGUGAACGUAAAGUAUGUCGUGAGAAAUUCUAUUCGUCAAAAGUCGAACAUCUUAAAAGGACAAAACCAGGUCGGUGGUGGAAAGAGGUGAAACAUAUCGCUAGUAUGUUACCUGCUAUUGGAUCAGAGGAUUUAUGCAAACAACUCGAUAUGGACAAUAUCCAUGAUAUGUCGCCUCCUGAUAUCGCCAACCUAAUUAACAAUGCGUUUUUUGAACCCAUGAAAAUUUACCAGCCACUUGCUUCUCUGCCCACUUCUCAACCAACCGACUCCUGUCUUCGACUCAACGAACGAGAAGUGUAUGAGGCUGAUCAUGUUGCACUAAAACCCGGAAAAGCGUGUGGACCCGAUGGUGCCCCGAACUGGUUUCUUAAUUAAAGAUUACGCAGAGGUUCUUGCCCAACCUGUUUGUGCGAUAUUCAACAGCAGUUUUGCAUAACAACAACUUCCUCCAUCUUUAUUUAUUUAUUUAAUAAAUAAAUAAAUAAAUAAAUUUACAUUUAUUUAUUUAAUUUAAAUAAAUAAAUAAAUUUUUGUUUUAUUUUUAUUAUUUAUUUUAUUUUUUAAUAAAUAAAUUUACGUGGUGUUUCCACAAACAAAACUAUUAUAUUACAAUAAUUUGAAGAUUUUGGGCUAGAGACCUACUAGAAAUCUUCAUAGACUUUUUAUUUUAGGUCUCUAAAUAUAUAAGUCCUGCAAUUUUGAGCGAAAUCGAUCCCGAUGAAUUUUGUGCGAUACCUAAUAAACAUUAGAGUUGUUCUUUUCGAUUACAAAAAAGCGUUCGACCUCAUAGACCAUACCUUAUUUGCUGAAAAGAUCUCCAGAUUACCUAUGCCUGCUGCAAUUGCACGUUGGACAAUCGAUUUUUUGAUGAAUCCGAGCAGAGAGUCAAACUUUCCAACGAUUGUACGUGUUUCUGAGUAGGGCGAAGUUGCCUCAGGCGUCCCACAAGGCAUGCACAAAACUAUCUAAACAGUAUCCCUGAUAUUUCGAAAUGGAAAUAUGUUGAUGACACCACCGUUGCUGAAGUUGUUUACAGAGGAGAAAGUAGCCAAGCUCAAGACGCUGUUGUGGCCGUAGAAGAAUGGUCAAGAAUUAAUAGGCUCAAACUUAAUGCUGAGAAAUGUAAGCAACUUAGAUUUGACUCUAAGUCGUGCCAACAGAUUUUUAAUCCUGUGGUGGUUUAUAGUGAACAAUUACCCGUG